AUGUCCGAUACCAAGGUCUACCGCGCCAGCACGACUGCGCCUGUCAACAUCGCCGUUGUCAAAUACUGGGGAAAGCGCGAUGCUAAGCUCAACCUCCCUACCAACAGCUCCCUCUCCGUAACCCUCUCGCAAGCCGAUCUCCGAACCCUCACAACAGCCUCGUGCUCGAGCACCUUCACCGAUGGCGACAGCCUCACUCUCAACGGAGAGUCCUCCGACAUCUCUGGCGCCCGAACCCAAGCUUGCUUCCGCGAGCUUCGAUCUCGCCGUGCCGCUCUCGAGGCCGCCGACUCUUCGCUCCCCAAGCUGUCUACAUAUCCCCUGAAGCUUGUCUCCGAGAACAACUUCCCCACUGCUGCUGGCCUUGCUUCCUCAGCUGCUGGUUUCGCUGCGCUCGUCCAGGCUAUCGCUCUUCUGUAUGAGCUUCCCGACUCGCCUUCUGAUCUUUCACUCGUCGCUAGACAAGGCUCUGGAUCUGCUUGCCGCAGUCUGUUCGGUGGAUAUGUUGCGUGGAGAAUGGGCGAGAAGGAGGAUGGAAGCGAUUCCAAGGCCGACCUUGUCGCUCCCGCUUCACACUGGCCUGACAUGCGAGCUCUGAUCCUCGUUGUCAGCGCCGCCAAGAAGGGUGUCUCUUCCACCUCUGGCAUGCAGCAGACCGUUGCUACAUCUGGUCUCUUCAAGGAGAGAAUAGCAAACGUUGUCCCCGCCAACAUGACCGCUAUGGAGGAGGCUAUCAAGAACAAGGACUUUCCCAAGUUCGCCGAGGUCACCAUGCGCGACUCCAACUCUUUCCACGCUACUUGCGCCGACACCUACCCUCCCAUCUUCUACAUGAACGACGUUUCCCGCGCCGCCAUUCGUGCUGUUGAGUACAUCAACGAGAAGGCCGGCAGGACCAUUGCGGCUUACACCUUCGAUGCUGGUCCCAACUGUGUUGUCUACUACGAGGAGAAGGACGCUGAUAUCGUUGUCGGUACUUUCUACCAAGCGCUCCAGGGUGUUGGCGGCUUCAAGGAGGGUGCUGCUAGCGCCAAGUCUAGCGUUGAGCUUGAGAGUGCUCUGGCUUCUACUUUGAAGGAGGGCGUGAGCAGAGUCAUUUCCACUGGUGUUGGAGAGGGUCCUAUCAAGACUGAUGAGUUCCUUGUCGGAGAGGACGGUCAAGCUGUUCGACGAUAG